AUGAAUCCAACUCAAAGAUCCCCGGGUCGAAUCCCCCGCUACCGACCGCCGUCAGAUGAGGAAGAUGACUCCGACGACGAAUUGGUUCGCCCCGGAUCCUCCGGUAGUGACGCCUCAUCCAAUGUGACCACCGUCUCCGCCGCUCCUCUCACUCCGCUCAAUACCCAGCUGCCCGGCAGUUACUUCCCUCCUCAGUCGCGCUCCGCCUCGGCGACUACUUCGCCUCACGCCUUCCCUAUGCCGAACACUGCCCGGCGGCCCUCUGGCCGCCCCUCCGUCGAGUUGCCAAGGCACCGCUCAAGGCACCACUCACAGGGCUUCUUUGAGCCUUCCUUGCCCACUGCGUCCUCUGACCAGGUCUCUACCGCCUCAGCUUCCCGUAUCGCUGCCCAGACGGCAAUGCAGCAGAAACGCCAUGUGCCAGCCCCGAUGGAGGAACGCCCACGGCGCAGUGGGAGUGCGUCGCCGCCUCUAAUGCCCGCCCCGUUGCGCAUCAAUCAGCCCUCGCCUCAACCACCGUCUAUUCCUGGGAAUGUGGCUACCACUGCUGCGAAUGUGGUCUUUCCACGGGCCGGUGUGCUGCCAGAACAACAACCCGAGAAACAGAAGAAGAAGAAGCUGUUCUCCAAACCGAAACACAUUGGAAUCAGCAGUCAUAGGGACUUCGGAAAGGACCGCGGUCUACCUUCGCCGAGUAAGAUCGUUGGGCUAUCGCGCAUGGUCAGCGGCUCCACUACGAAUCUCGCUGAUCUAGCCUCGAACAACUCGUCUAUGUAUAACCUAUCCAAUGCUUCAGUGAGCACAGUCGUCCCCGCAGAUCAUCCAGCGGCCCCAGAAAAGGAAAAGGACAAUGCCAAAGAGAAGGACAAGCACAAGCACCACUUCCUAUCGAGACAGAAACUCAAACUUAAAGACCGUGUCGACGACCACUUCAAUCUCCCGCUGUCUUCGGCAUCUAGCAACUCCCGCCCCGCAGACCCCAAUGCCCCGAAAUCUUUGUACUCGUUUACGAGCCCUGCAACACCUGCCCCCGGCGCCGCGUUCGGCAAGUCUGUCAGUGGACUGGAUCUCUUGCAUGGCGGGCGAGCACUGCGCGAGAAGAAAAAGGAGGAAAGGGCUCUUGCUGCGGAGACCGAGCAGAUGGAAUGGCUGGCUAAUAACGCUGGGCCGACAACACCUGGCUUCACCGGUCCGUCUUCGAUUGGCAGUGCGGGUCCUGUUCCUGAUUCUAUCCUGAGGGAGACUCUACAAGGAUUCGGUUUGAACAACAUGACCCCUGAAGACGCCUGGGACUUCCUCAAGGCGAAGCUGCUGGUCAUCUUUGAUGGUGAGGACGUCCGCAUUGCCAUUGAGGAUCUGAAUAAGCUGGUUCUUGUUCAUUUGCAGCGCUGUGUGCACAAGAGGGCUCCCACUUCGAUUAUCAUGGACCUGCAGGAGCUACUAGAGACUGGAUUCGCGACGCUGAAUCACAGUUCGCUACUGGGUAUUCCGGACGAAAAGCUCGUCCCGCAUCUCGUGCAGAUAUGGAUGCUAGUCUUCGGCACUAUCCUUCCCUUCAUCCAGGCCGUUUUCCUUCCCCUAGACCUCGAGUUCAAGGGCUGCGGCUCUAUCAUGACCAGCCGUGAAGCCGGUGAAUUCUGGGGCGUGCUCCCUGCUGGUGGAACCCUCGAUGUGCGCAACCUUGUUCUGAUUGCCUUCCGCGACUGUAUUAUUCUCAAUCGAUAUGACACCCUCAAGGCAACUUUCUCCCGCCUCAGCCUAGACUCUAUUAAUUCAGGCUUCCCUACGCUCAGCGUCACAUCCAAGAGCACCGGCGCAGGCGGUCGUCCUGGUACCGCAGCCUCCCUCGACGCCGGAUUCGGCAGCUACAACUCCCAGUCCUCUACUCUCCUCAGCACCGUUGACAGCUACUCUUCCGACCACCCCCGCCCAACAAGCAGUGCCUCUCGCAGCCGCGCACAAUCAAAUACUUCCUCGAACGCAGACGUUUUCUUCAACUCUGUCGCCACCCCUCCAACCUCCAAUCGACCAACCAUUAUCCAUCGGGCAAAUUCCGCUGAUACCUCUCAUGUCAUUACGGAAACAGUGGGCAGGAUGCUACAGUGUGUCAGUGUCCUAGCAAGUAUCCAGAGUGAUGAUCCAGCCCAAGAACGCAUCGAAGUCCUCAGCAAAGCCCUCAAACACAACUGGCUCGGCCGAGGACGAACGGGUAGGGAUAGAAGAGGCUUUGUUGGAGCCAAGAUCAGGCCCGUGAUGGUCGGCGGUCCACCUGUUAUCGAAGAUGGCUAUGCAGACUCGCUCACUACUGCUGGGAUUAGCAUCGGGGCGAGUACGAGCACGGGCGGAUCUAGAACCCGUGGCGACUCAUCUUCCUCGGAUUGGAGUGGCGGUUUUCCAGCUCCUGGAUCCGGUGUGAGUGGGGUCAGUGUUCGAUGA